ACGGAGGAAGUCACGUGUGUGUAUAAGUGAAGGAAAUUGUUUCAGCCGCUGCUGCUCCCCUCAGUGGAAAAUAUUAGACGAACCGGCACAUCUCCGAGCCACAGUAUCGCCCUUAUUAAACUGACAUGAAAUGCACCGACGAUUCAGUUUGGAUAAUCGGCCAGUAGCUGACAUAGAGACACGAUGCUUGAUCAGAUUAUUGUAAACAUUUACACACGUACACAGCUAGCAGGUUAGCUGGCGUCUAUUGGGACUGCCAGUGGACGAAAAGCGAGCUGCUUCAUUUCCUCCUUUCUCGGAUCGGGAACAAAUCCAGGGCUGUGGUGUCGGGAAGCUCGUAUGUUUUGGUGAACAUGGAGCUGUUUCAAGCUAAAGAUCAUUAUAUUCUCCAGAGCGGAGAUAACGCGCUGUGGUGCAGCAGGAAGGAUGGAUCUGUGGCCGUGAGACCGGCAACUGACCUGCUGCUAGCAUGGAACCCUGUCUGUCUGGGCCUUGUAGAAGGUGUUAUUGGGAAAAUACAGCUUCAUGCCGAUCUUCCUCUGGGCCUGAUUCUGAUUCGCCAGAAGGCACUGGUGGGCCAGUUGCCAGGAGACAACAAAGUCUACAAGAUCACUAAGAUUGUAGUCAUUCCACUCUCAGAGGAUGAACCACAGGAUCUGGAAUUAGAGCUCUGUAAAAAGCAUCAUUUUGGAAUCAACAAACCAGAGAAAAUCACCCAGUCACCGGAUGAGUCCAAGUUCCUGUUGAAGACCCUGAGUCAGAUCAAAUCUAAUGUUGCUGUUCCCAUUAAGAAAAAGGUCAAAGAGAAUAAAGAGAAGGAACGUCUGGAGAGGCGGCUGCUUGAUGAGCUCUAUAAGAUAUUCAUGGACUCGGAUUCAUUUUACUAUAGUCUGACCUAUGACCUCACCAAUACAGUCCAGCGACAGGGCGAGUUAGGCAAGUCAGAUCAGCCCUUGUGGAAAAAGGUGGAUGAUAGGUUCUUCUGGAACAAGCACAUGAUCAAAGACCUCAUUGACUUACAGGUGCCUGAAGUGGACAUUUGGGUGAUUCCUAUCAUCCAAGGCUUCGUGCAGGUGGAGGAGCUGGUGGUGAACUAUAACGAGAGCUCUGAUGAAGAGAGGAGCAGCCCAGAGACACCUCUGCAGGAGUCCACCUGUGUGGAUGAUAUUUACCCUCGAUUCACCGUGGCCCUCAUCUCCAGACGAAGCCGUCACCGUGCAGGAAUGCGUUACAAGCGGAGAGGGGUGGAUACUGACGGACACGUGGCCAACUAUGUGGAGACAGAGCAGCUAAUCCAUGUGCACAGUCACACGCUGUCCUUUGUACAAACCCGAGGCUCUGUCCCUGUGUUUUGGAGCCAAGCUGGGUAUCGCUACAACCCCAGACCUCGGAUAGAGAAAGGCGAGAGGGAAACGAUGCCUUAUUUUGCUUCUCACUUUGGACAGCAAGUUCAGAUUUACAAAAAACUGGUGAUUAUUAAUUUAGUGGACCAAAAUGGGCGUGAGAAGAUGAUUGGUGAUGCAUACCUCAAACAAGUGCUGCUGUACAAUAAUCCCAACCUGACAUACGUUUCAUUCGACUUCCAUGAGCACUGUCGAGGGAUGAAGUUUGAGAAUGUGCAGACGCUCACUGAUGCCAUCUCUGACAUUAUCACAGACAUGAGAUGGGCCUGGGUGGACCAAGCAGGAGUCAUCUGUCAACAGGAAGGCAUCUUUCGGGUUAACUGCAUGGAUUGUUUGGACAGGACUAAUGUGGUACAGGCAGCUAUCGCCCGCGUGGUCAUGGAACAGCAGCUGAAAAAACUUGGUGUAAUGCCACCCGAGCAGCCACUGCCCCUCAAGUGUUACAGGAUCUAUCAGAUGAUGUGGGCAAACAAUGGAGACACCAUUAGCCGUCAGUAUGCUGGCACAGCUGCUCUAAAGGGAGAUUUCACACGAACAGGAGAGCGAAAGUUAGCGGGGGUGAUGAAGGAUGGUGUGAACUCAGCUAAUCGGUACUAUCUGAACCGCUUCAGAGAUGCCUACCGACAGGCCGUCAUUGACCUCAUGAUGGGCCUUCCAGUAACAGAAGACCUAUUAUGGUCCGAGUCAAAUUCUAGGAAAAUUUCAUUUUGCAAGGCAUUGUCCAUUGUUUCUCUUUUUCCUGUAUGCCCAGGGUUUAAUGGGACUAUUUAUGGGCCUCUCUUUCAAGAUGUUGACCUUUUUUCCUCUUUUAGUCUUAUAGACGCCACUCACAAAGAUGUUGAUGUUCUUCUGCUGUUGUCCAACUCUGCGUAUUAUGUGGCCUACUAUGAUGAGGAGGCGGACAAAGUCAACCAGUAUCAGAGACUAAGUUUAGAAGGACUUGAAAAGAUCGAAAUUGGUCCAGAACCGACUCUUUUCGGAAAGCCUAAAUACUGCUGCAUGCGGCUGCACUAUAAGAACGGGGAGAUAAGUGGUUACUUCCAUACACUGAGGGCUGUCACACGAAAUCCAGAAGAUGAUGGAAAAGACACACUCCAGUGCAUUGCGGAAAUGCUUCGUAUUACAAAGCAAGCCAUGGGGCUUGACGUCCAGGUUGUGGAGAAGAAACUAGAGAGGAAACACAGCAAACCGCAUGAGGAUAUAAUGGGAAUACAAGGGAAAGCCGUGGACCAAGUCCUUGGGUCUGGUUUGGCUCAAGGCAAAAGUUUCAUUUUGAACAAGUUUUCAACACUAAACCAGAAAGUGAAGCAGACAAAGACAAACGUCAACAUCGGAAACUUCAAGCCCUUGGGGAAACUAGGGACCUUCUCAAAGCCUGAGGUAAAAGUGAAUUUCCUCAAGCCAAAUUUGCAUGUGAACCUCUGGAAAUCAGAUAGCAGUUUAGAGACUCAUGAUGGCAAUACGGGUUCAGCAGCCCUGAAGGACCUUAAUGACGUACAUUCAGAGGAGAUUUCCUCUGAUUCUGAUUCAUACCACUCUGACGAGCAGCCUUGCUCAGGCUCUCGGGAAAACGUGGACUAUGUGCUUCCUAGCUGUGGAAUUGUAGCAUCUGCACCACGACUUGGCAGUCGCUCGCAGUCGAUUGGCAGCGUCGAGCUUGCAGUGCCCUCUGUCAUCCGAGUCACAGGCUGUGAUGACAAGAUGGCAGAUAGCUUAUCAAUUGGCCCAGAUGACCAGUCUCCUGGGUCUGCCUCUGUGGCAGAGGAAGCCAUUCUGAUUGACUUCGGGACACCUAUUGAUGCUUACUGCCACCAAUUUGUCCAUGAUGCCAAGAUCAAACCAAUAGAGGUGUUCGAGGAAGUGGCUCCUGCACCCAAGCCGCAAGCACCUCAAGCCCCCUCAGCUCCAGACGCAAAGCUGGGGUCUUCUCAUUCCCAACAGCAGCUUCCUCGCCCAUCCCAGCUUGAGGUAGAGUCCACCAUCCAUGAGGCAAAUCUUCUAACUGUUCAGCCUGCAGGCUCCACCACAUCAUGCGGGUCACAAAAGAGCCUGGAAGGUCUCACAGGACCCUCCCCUGCAGACAACAAUGGAAGCCGGGUCGUGUCGCCCUUCGCGAAGAUCAGGAGCUCCAUGGUGCAGGUGGCUAGUUUAACCCAAGCUGGAUUUACCCAAGGCAUCAACUUUGCUGUAGCAAAAGUACAGAAAAGCCCAGAACCAGACGCCGUCAACGAAACCCAAGAGAACGAAUUGCGAGCGAUGUUUACACAGUGCCAGACCAGGAUCAUUCAGAUAUAGCGUGCUUAGCGGAUGUAUUUUUAGUGUUAGAUCGUGACUUCCAGUACAGUAACGGUAGCAUAAGCUCACAAAUGUCAAGCCACACUCCUGUUGUUCCCUCCAGUUAAUCAAACCAAAGUUUACAGCCAGUGUUGAGUAGUAAGUAGUGCGAUUAACUCGACCAAGUCGAAUCCUAAACAUCUCUAGAUAGGCUGGUUUGCAUGUUAAGAAGUAACUCUGAGGUAGAUUAGGACAGGCAAGUUUUAUAGCAUGUCGAGAGCGAAGACCUAGAUACGUCACGUGACCCCAUUUGUGCAGUGAAAUUCACUGGCUGUCGUAGCUGUAACCUUUCCCGAUUGGAAUAUCUAUCAGUGGGCGGCUUAAUAUUUCACGUACAGUUAUAUGGAUAUCUUUGACGUGGUGUUUAUUAUAAAACUAUACCAAAAUAGGACCAGAGUAGUUGUGUAGGAUCUAUGGUCAAAUUAUAUUAUUCAACUGUAAAAAUUAUUUGUAAGUACUGUAGCAGUUUCCUUUAGAACUCUUCAAUUAAGAUGUUUAUAUACAGAGAAUUAUAUUUACAUGCUCUUCAUAGAUGAUGGAAACAAGUGGCCUCUGUUGAUCCAAUCAUGCAACUAAAUUGUCAAACAAAACGUUCAUUUCAUAGCAUUAGCAGAUGACUCGAACAACUAUUUACUGUUGCAAGUUUAUUUUGAGAAAGGCCUAUGUCUUUAAAUUGUACAACUAUGUCUUAUUUUCCAGUCUGCUGGUAUCUUAAAAUGCUAUGCGCCACAUUGUUGGACAUUCAUAUCAUAUGCAGAUAUUACUGGUUUUGAGUACCUGUAAAGACCUCAAAUUAAUUAUUUGCAAUUGCUGGACCUCCGUAUGCAUAUAUAGUGACUUUUGACUGGUAUUUGACACAGGUCUGAUGCAAGAUACCCAGUAUAAUCAACGUUUUGCACUCAUUAAAUGGCAAGAGCAAGCCUUAUUAAAUUGCUAAAUACAGGCUUUUGACAAGUAUACCUAUAAUUCUGUUUUCAUUCAGGUUACAUUUAUUUCUGUCACUGUCUAUGCCAUGUCUUUAGAUUCACUUUGGCUUGUAGGUCAUUUGAGAUAAAAAUUGAGAAGUUAUUAGAUCAUCUUUUAAAGCCUUACCCCCAUAAAUUCUACAUAAAAAAAAAAGCAGCAUUUCUGUGUGAAAUACCCAGUGGAUCUUAGUUUAAUUAUGCAUUAAUUAAUGUUGUUUAAGUGCAAGAUUCUGUGGGAUUGAUCUUUGUGUAUCAAGAGACGCUGAAAUAUUUAAAUAUUUUAUGAGCUAAAUAAUUUCAAAAGGUCUGAAAGAGACAAUGUGAUCUCAUGUGAACAUCAAUGAGAACAUUAUAUUGGCUUUUAGAGCUGGUUUAUCGGUUCUUUGGGGCACAGUUAGCUUUCCAAACCCACCAUGAGCUUUGUUUCUAAUACGUCAUUUCUCAUAUGUACUGUAGCAUAGAGUGCUCUGCAAGGCAGUGGGUUACACUUUGUUCUUGACAUUCCUGGAGCUGGUACGUGGUUUUGAUAAGCUUCCGAGAUUGGAACGGUCUUGAGUUUUAAUAUAUGAUGGCUGUUAUGCAACUAUGAUAAAUACAUGCGCAGUAGGUUUGGUGGUAAGCUGACUUUUUUUUACUAUUAUUUAAGAUGGCAUGCACUGGACUGCACUCUGUUCUUUGCUUUGAACUUGAAAUGUUCUUCUUUGGCAGAGGUUUAUGCUGAGGAUCUUGACAAACAUUUCUCUUGUUUUUGGAGGUGGGGUAGAUUGUUUUUGGUUAUGUAUGAAUUUUUUAUUUUCUGUGCAUAAAGACUUGCGCUGUCCUUUGUGGUUGUUCCCUGAACAUCUUGCAAUUUGUUGCAAUUUGUCACAAAGUGCUUUUGAAUCCUUUUUAUUUUCAGUGUUUGUAACUGAACUGACAUGUCUCGUAUAACAUUUCUUCUAACAGUCCUGUUUGUAAAUCAUGAUCAGCUUCUUCCCAUAAAUGUUAGUGGGUUUUCAUCCAUCGUACCCAACAUUUUAUUGCAGAGUAUUUAUUCAAAAUUCAUGUUCUCAAGCUUAUAUCCCAGUAUUUUCCUAUGUUAAUAAUAAUAAUAAUGUAAACUGCUGUAUUUUAUGUAAUGUUAUGGGAUGUGCCUGGGAGGAUUUUUAAGUAAAUAUUUAAACAAAGAA